GACUUCCUGAGGAACCUCCCAUCCAAGCUGCUUGUGGCAGACCUCUACGAGAAGUGGCUGCUUGCACUGGAGAGGCCAAGCCACGAGGAGAGAAUUGCAGCACUGAAGGAGGUGGCUGCAGAGCUGCCCAGCGCCAACCUCCUCUUGCUCCGGCGCUUGCUCUCGCUGCUGCACCACAUCAGCGAGAGUGCAGAGAGCAACAAGAUGCAUGCCAGGAACCUGGCAAUCUGCGUGGGGCCAAGCAUGCUGAGCCUUGACACGGACAGCGUGCUGCCCCUGGAUGUGCAGCGGGCGAGGAAUGACAAGGUCACGCUGCUCGUGGAGUUCCUCAUCUGCCACCACGCAGACCUGUUUGGAGAGGAGCUCCCCUUGCCCUGCACUCCCUCGGCUGAGGAGGGCCCGAAGCGCGUGCACAGCUCCACAGAGCACUCAGGGGCUGCUCGGCCCAGCGCUUCUGCCAGACAGAGCCCUGAGGCAGCAGCUGGAGGCAGCGGCGCUGCCUGCAACGUGGAGCAGCCCAACGGGGUGGACGCUCCUGCCCCCAGCCCCCGGGCAGCCUGUGUCUCUGCCCCUCCACUCGCUCCCAGGAAGAACCAUCUCCACAGGCUGCGCAGGAGCUUCUCGGAGCCCGACCUCUCCUCCCUGCGCAGUGUGGAAGGCGAGAAAUGGCCCUCAGAGGAGAACACAAGGGAGGACCAUAUUUCCAUCAAGGAGCAACAACUAAGGUCACAGAAGUUGGCACCUGUGAAAACACGUUCCAGUCCUGCCUUCAAGAUUGCCAGAGCAAAUUCGCUUCCCCAGAUAUCUACCAGCUGCUCCCCAGAAAGCUCAUUUGGUGCUCCGAGGCCUCGCUCCACACCACCACUCUCCAUUAGUUUCUCUUGUUAG